AAGAAAAUUUUCUUAAAGUGACUUUGCCUAAAUUUGCUAUCUCCAAACUAAGUUGCAUUAACCAACGCCAUUCUCUCUCUCUCUCUCUCUAUUGUAUAUAUAAUGCGAACUAUUUCAACUAGACCGCCCAUUCUAUUAAGAACAAUAUUUUAUUGGAAGCCUUUGGAAUCUAGUCCCAUAAAUAAUUAAAUUAAAAUUCUUAAUUACAACUAGGGUCCAUUAGCCAUUUCACACCUACCAAGUAUUGAAAUUACAUAUUAAGUGUCCGCUCCUUUUCAAAAUAAAAUCUUAUUAAAUGGGUACAUUAGUCAUUCAUUAUCCAGGGUACAGAAAAUGGCUGCUGAUGAUGAAUCUUGACCGUCUAUUUGUCCCGUCUUCACCAUCUUGUUCAUAGGAGAGUCCAUUGUAUUUCUCAAGUCUUAACCUGGUGUCAUCCAUCCCUCCAAACUUCAUCUUCUUCAACUCUCAGCAAUUCAACAAAUUAACAGUUACAAACUAAGGAUAGACCUAGGAGAAACUUGCUUUUGUCCUGUUUGUUGGCAUGGAGUCCAAGUUAGUUGUGCACAAUGGUGGUUGCCAUUGCAGGAAAGUAAGAUGGAAUGUCCAAGCACCUACUAGUGUUGUUGCUUGGAAAUGCAACUGUUCAGACUGCUCCAUGAGGGCAAAUACUCACUUCGUUGUCCCGCGUGAAAGGUUUGAGCUUUUGGGAGAUUCCAAAGAGUUCCUUACUACCUACACUUUUGGAACUCACACGGCAAAACAUACAUUUUGUAAGGUUUGUGGAAUAACUUCAUUCUAUACCCCACGGUCUAACCCAGAUGGCAUUGCUGUUUCAUUCAGAUGUGUAGAUCCUGGGACACUCUCCCAUGUUGAGAUUCGUCAGUAUGAUGGGAGGAAUUGGGACAACUCCUAUAAUCAGAGUGGCAUUGCAUCCUUUUCAAAGGAGUAGUCCAAAAUUUGGUGCGAUUUUGUGCAUUUUGGUAUCAAAUCCAUGACUAAGUGCUGCAAGAAUGAAUUUAUAGAGAUUUUCAGCAGAACUAUUUUAUAGAGAUUGUUUAGUUUCCUUUGCAAAGGUAUGUUGUUAUGAUUUUGGAUUGGUAUUGCAUAACUUUUUGGUUUUGUGUAUGCAAGAGGACUUUGUGCACAAGACAUGUUUGCCAAAAUGUCUGUAAAAUAUCAUUGCUUUGCUGGAAUGUGAGAUGCCUUAAAAGGCAUGCUAAGUUUAUUAUGGGGUUAUUCUCAGGGCAUUGGUAUGGAAUAUAAGGAUGGGUCUCAAUUUGUUACUUGGUUUGCGCUUCUUUCUUGAAGGAAGUUUUUAAUUGAUUUACGUCAACAAAUCUUUUUCACUUAAAAAAAAAAAAAAAAAACCACAAAUUCCUGUAAUUUCGGGUUCUUCGGCUUCUUGUUGUUGGCUAAACCUGUGAUUUAUGCCUCGCUUGUGUUGAGAGUGAGUCUUCGAUUUUGUUGGCAUCUUGUGGCUACAUCAAGCGUCAACGAGUUUCUUUUUCUUUUUUUUUUUAAUAAAAAAAAAGUUUUUUACGUCAUUUUUUUAUUUAAUAAA